UUCCGAUUGUGAGGCGUGGAUGCAGUUUGAAGGAGGGUAAAACCACUGCGAAACAACAGGAACAGGGAAGUUUAAACUAAGCCAACAAUUACUAACUGCUUGUGAGUCAUCAAUAAUGGGGAAGCUUCGAGCUGUUCUUCAUAGAGAAUAUGAAAGGCUUAUAAGAGCAAAGCAGUGUGAUGAUAGAAGCGCCAUCUGGGAAUCGAUGCAAUUCAUGAUAACUCAUACUAAUGAAUCAAUUCUUUUUACCCAUCACUAGUAUGUAUAUUGUUUUUCAGCUAUUCAAGCAAGAGUACUUUUGAUAAUCUUUCGUUGUUAUCAUUUACAGCGUUUAUCAAUUUUACAGCGUCGCCUUGGUACGAAUGGCCACAAUAAAUGGUGCAAAUAUCAGAUAACGAUAUUUUACGAGUUCUGGUUAAUUUCACGACCUAAUGACAGUUGGUAUAAGCCAAAACAGCGCUAAGUUCCAUACAAACAGUUGAAGUGCACGCAACAAGAAAUAGGAAUGAGCAAUAGUGAUAUAGAUGUUGUUAUGGGAUGAAUUUCAUCUUCUAUGUGAAGAUGUGAAUUGUGUCUUUCUUCACAUUUAUAGGCAAUAAUGCAGUUCUGUGUGAAUUUUGAAAACAAUACGUUGACAUUGAAAGUUCAUUACUUGUGAUUCAGAUUGACUAACUUUGUUAGAAGUAUCCUAAACUGUAUUGAGAUCAUCAGUAGCAACAUCCUAAAAAAGGUGUUUGUAUAACUCAACAAUUUUUUUGUGAUUUUGUUCCAAAACUGAGACGUUUCUAACAAACCAAGGACUUGCAAAAAAAAAAACUUGUCGUGGCGAUUUUUCUGGCAACUAAGUUCAUCAUUUCCUAAGGUUCAGAAGUUCCAAUGCAACAUGGAGUCAGGCAGCAAAAGAUCCCCCUUACACGGCGUGGCUUACCACAUUCGAUUGACGAUGAUCAUUCUUUUUCGUGCCUACUCUUUGCACCGCCAAGGAAAGUUGCCUCAAUUUGAGUUGAAGAUGGAGGUAGCAGAUGCAGGAAAAUUCGACGACCUGGUGUUUCGCUACUCAUCACUAGCGAAAUCGAAAGGUACGGUUUUCAUACAAGCUAAACAUAAACAACCACCCAAAAAGCCAACGAAAUCUAAAAAAAUCCACCCAAAUCAUCCGUACACGCCAACGCGAAAAGAGCAACCAGCCAUUACGGAAGGAACGCUGCUCACGAAAUGGAACUCCAACGGUACCUUUUCAAUUCCCAUGUACUUUAUUUCGUACCUGGAAGGAUAUGAAACAUUGUCCCCAGGUUCGCAUACUUACCUUCUGUGCACUAAUGCAACGAUCGACAACAAACUCAAACAAAAAUUAACACUACGACCACUGGACAGCAGCGAUGUACUUUCCUUUUGCGACGAUAUUGGAGCAACGUGUUACAGCUUCAGUAAGGAGCAAUUUAAUACGCUGGCAGAUGAAUUGCGGCAAGCUAGUAUAGAAAAGCUAGGACAGAUGCUCGUAUUGCAUGUUCGUUACAACAAAGAAGUUAACUCAAAUUAUUCUUCGUUAAACGUUUACGCCGAUCUGAUUUCUAUAUGCGUCGAGGAGCUUGAAGGAGGAACAGGGAAGUUUAAACUAAGCCAACAAUUACUAACUGCUUGUGAGUCAUCAAUAAUGGGGAAGCUUCGAGCUGUUCUUCAUAGAGAAUAUGAAAGGCUUAUAAGAGCAAAGCAGUGUGAUGAUAGAAGCGCCAUCUGGGAAUCGAUGCAAUUCAUGAUCAAUAAGUCCUUCUUUCAAUCAGGUACCAUGGAAACACCGACUUCAAUGCACGACGAAUCAUGUUUCUUCAAGAAGGUGGAUCGUGUUAUACAGCAAUUUUACCAAGAGUUUAUGCUUGUUUGUGGGUCAUUAAACGGGGAACAGCUGUACAACAGUGUUCUAGAAAUAAUGCCACACUGGGUCGACGAUAGAAUGACAACGCAUAACAUGCUGUUCAUGCGACUGUUUGAUUCAAUGAAGUUGUCCCAACCUAUUCCUAUGGAUUUAGACUAUUUAAAACAACAGUUUGUCAGUAUGAGGGUGAACCAUUACUUUUCUAGAUUCCAAAUAGAAUCACAGUCUAACCUUAACCAAUGGAAGUCUAACUAUCGAUACAUAGAUGUUCGAUCAGAUCGACUUCAAGACACUAAGCUGUAUAAAUUUCUCAGUAAUGAGUCUGCUUAUGAACGUUACCAAUAUCACACAACAAGGGAUAUAAUAGUGUAUUCUCUUGUUGCAUCACAAACAAUUGAAUUGGUUCAAUGCAAUGCAUUAUUCAUACACUAUGCAGCGAAAGAUUUUGAGGAAAAUAUAUGCGAUGUACUUCGUAAAUUAAUCGAGUUCAUUUUAGAGGUAGAUUCCUACUCUUACACCAUUAUAAUGACCAUCGAUCAGUCGAAGAAAUCGAUGCUGCCAGAAAUUCAAAGAUAUACUAAAGAACAUAAGCUAAAGUUAAUAGUAGUCGAAGAAGUACUCGAAGCAUGCCAAGAUGAAGAUUGUUUCAUCGUACGCGAUCUUACCGAAGAGGCAAGACUACAGUUGUAUGCAAAACGUUCCAAUACAACUUUAAAUAUUUUUGGAACCACGAUAUCGCCGAGUGGCAUUUUGAAUGACGAUGAUAGCUUAAGCUUCGUGUGUAUCUUUUUGGACAACUAUUAUGAGCUCGAUAAUAUAGCAUAUAUUGAAUCGAAGGAAAAAAACUUUGAUGCAAUCAAGCAUCUGUAUAUUCCACGCACAGUCGUUCCAUACUCGACAGAAAAUGAAAACCAUGCAAAAGAACAGGAGGAAACCGAUGUUUUCUUUUGUCCACUGUACAAAAACGAAAUAUCGUUUGACGAGUUUCGAUUUAGUAGCCCCAGUUUUUUCAAAUGCUCAAAUCAGUUUCAUCUGCAAAUGAUGAUGUACAGUAUACCGUUCCUGAUGUUUUCACGCAGCACAACGAAGAGAAAGUACACAUCUUACUCGAUGAAGCAGGAACGGGAAAGUCAACGUAUUUCACGUGGCUUGCACAUGCUCUAUCGAUCGCUAACCCUGCACAUUAUGUGAUUCGAAUUAACGAUUCACAGUAUUGCACGGAUUACAAAAGAUGGCAAAACUCUGACAUUAAGUUGCUUGAUGAUACUGCAAUCUUAAGAUGUCUGUAUCGUUUAAUCCAUCUCACGCAUUUCGUUUCGAACGUUUACAGUUUUUGGAUCAAAGCGACUGAUGUUUUCCGAAAUCAAGCUGAUCGAGCUGCAGACCUAUUUACUUUAGUUAACGGCAAAAUUUAUGUCAACACGCGUAAAGCAAACACGUCAAAAUUUACAUGGGCACAGUUGAUCGAGCUGAAGAUUUUCCAGGAAAAAUUCAAUCAAAAACAACUGAUUAUCUUGUUCGAUGGACUUGAUGAAACUGCUCCUUUUUAUAAAGAGUUCGUAGUGCAAUUAUUUGCAAGGGUUGCAAGUUUGGAAGGUAUUCGAACUCUGUUCAUCUCAACAAGGCCGUAUGAUUACAUACAACAGUUAGAAAGUACAUUUUCUAACAAUAGAAUGUAUUGUCUUAAACAAUUAUCACAGUACGAUCAGCUGCAGUUUGUUCAUAAUUAUUUGAUGCAUGAGCUAGAGGAUUACACACAUUGCGAUGCAAACAAGCGGCACAAGAUUUUAGGGUUUCAAUAUCAUUGGAUGGUACACUAUUUGAAGGAUUUAAAGCGAAUACCCUUGCUUCUUCAUAUGGCAUGCGUUAUAAAUCUACCAAUUGCAAGAAAUAACGUGGACUUUAAACGCUGCAUUGUACCUAAAGCAUAUCUAAUACAAACAAAUGCUAAUAUUUUAGAUCAAAUCGAAGAUUUCAUCAAGCAGAAACUAAAAAUUUUAAGCAUUCAUAAAGCUGGUUUGACAGAGAUGGCCCUUUUAAAUCCUCAUCAGCAAGCGGUCCAUGAAAGGUUUUGUGAAAACGUUAAAAAACGGCAUAUUUUAUCAGCAAUGCUUGUAAUGUUUGAGCAAAAUCAGGUAAAUAUGCUAUUGACAUCACAUGACAUCGUGAGAAGUAAAAAAAUUAUUAACGAAGUGCAUAAUGGAAUUGAAAAAACUGGAAUCAUUACUGGAGCUUAUGAUGGAAUUCCUCAGUUCACUCAUAGAAUAUUUGCUGAGUACUUUGCAGCUUGCUGGAUGAACGAAAACAAGCAACGUAUGAGAAAUGAGAGCUUCUUCCAUUCGUGGUCAUUUUGGAUAGUUCAUUUACACAAAAUGCGGGACUUUUUCAACCGAAUAAUUCUACAACAAAGCAAAGGAUGUGAUCUUCACAUGGCCGUUGUAAAUCAAUCCACCACUAUAGUAAGCGAGAUACUGUCGAAAAAUCCAUCAACCGUAUUGGUGAAAGAUGAUCUUGGUCGAUAUCCUCUUCAUUUGGCAGUUACGUACCCAUCACUGAAUAUAGUUAACUUGUUACUCGAUAAGAUGUCCGUUCAGUCUAUUAACACAACAGAUCAUCUGUUUGGAUGGAGUGCCAUAGACUACGCAUUCGCCAUCCGAUGCAUUGAAAUAGCUAAAAAAAUAGUAUUAACCGGAGCAACAGUCAACGAACACAUACUUCUUCAACAGAUACUUUCAAACAACUUAUAUCAACUGUUGUAUGGUGUUUAUUUUUAUGGAGAAUAUCUUCAGUCAAAUGAAUGCUCAAGAACAAUUGCAAAUCGUCUUCUCAUUCGAGUGGUGGAUCACAUACUUAACAAACAGCGUGUUGAUAUCUUCUCUCGUCUCGAGGUAUUGGAUUCGAAAACAGUUCUUGAAUUUUGCAUAACUAAAAACUUUCUAAAAAUAUUCAAACAAUUUGUAUUGCAAAUCAACGAUCCAUCCAAGAUUUCUGAUAAAGAAUUAAAACGAUUCGCCCGGCUGGCACUAGAGAACAAUGCUCACGACGUAAUUGUUUAUUUGAUCGAAGAUCGUAACAUUGCUCUACCCCAAAUGAACAGCAUGGUCGGUCUUAUUUCUGCUCUCAAAUAUACGAUACAAAACAAUAAGCUUACUUCAUUCAAAGCAAUCUUUCAUCAUCUCUGCAUCGAGCAAAACAUACUGAUGAAUGAGGAAACUGAUAUUCCUGAUGACUAUUGUACUCCAAGCAUGCCACCAUUCGAGGAAUGUUGUAUGAUGUAUGAUCUUUCUCCUGAGGUAUGCUGUGUACUUUCUUGUAGUAACGUUCGGUUACCAUUGCCUGAAUAUGAUGAAAAAGACAUCCUUUAUAAUGGAUAUGUGCUCGAAGCUCUUUUGGCUUAUUCAGUUCACGAAGGAAAUGUUCCCAUGCUCAGAUACAUUCAUCUCAAGACCAAAAUGGCCAUCACCAACAGACUCAUCGCAAUGAUCAUGAGAUUACUUCCGAAAGGUAAAGAUGUAUGUCAUAAGAAGUCGAUGCCUGCAUUUCUGUAUCUUCUCGACAAUUCCACCGAUCUGGACGGUGUGGACGAUGAGGGUCGAAAUUUGCUUCAUAUGACUGCUCAAAAUGGCUGUUUCUUCAUGAUGCAUUGUUUGAUUGUACGAGGAUUCCACCCAGCUACAGUAAACGCCGCAAAUAGCUGGAAUGUGUUUCACUAUGUUGCGUUUAAUGAGGAAGGGAAUCGUUCCAAUAAAAUCUUGGAAUAUUUGUUGAAAUGUUGCAACAUGAUUUGGUUCGAUCUGUUAGAUAACAUGCUACAUUGGAAUGACCGUGAGAUAGCUGACAGCUUCUCCAUCAAUCUGAAUGUAACUCAAGAUACAACAAAUAUGGCUUGGCUAACCAAACAACAAUACGGUUUGCUGGCUUGGUUGUUUUUGCUUGACAAACGACAUACAGCUAAGGUGUUGAAUGACCUGGAACAUCAGGAAGCUCACCAGUGUAUGAACCAUAUAGUUAAAGGCAAUCAUAAGACUUUGUUGAUCAAAGAAGUUCGAGAUGACAUUCCUCAAUUCACACAUAGAAUAUUUGCUGAGUACUUUGCGGCUUGCUGGUUAAAUGAGAACAAGAAUCGUAUGAAGAACGAGAGCUUUUUCUUUUCGUGGUCAUAUUGGAAUAAUGAAUCAAGAAAAAUGCGUGACAUCUUCAAUCGAGUAAUUCUUAGAGAAAGCAAAGGAUGUGAUCUACACAUGGCUGUUAUAAAUCAAUCGCCAGAUCUAGUACGCGAGCUAUUGUCGAAUAAUCAAUCAGCUGCAAUGGCAAAAGAUACCGUAGGUCGAAUGCCGCUUCACUUGGCAGUUACGUACCAAUCACUGAAUAUAGUAAACUUGUUGCUCAAAAAAAUGUCCAUUCAGUACAUUAACACAAAAGAUCACCUAUUGGGAUGGAGUGUCACAGACUACGCAUUUGCCAGUCGAUAUUCAGAAAUAGCUCAAAGAAUAUUGGCAGCUGGAGCAACAGUCGAUGAACACAUACUUCUUCAACAGAUACUUUCCAACCAACUGUCUUCGUUGUUAUGUUGCAUUAAAUUUUACGGGAAAUAUCUUCGGUCAAAUGAAAGCUCCAGAAAAUUUGCAGAAAGUCUUAACAUUCAAGUGGUCGAAAAUAUACUUAACGAAAAGCGCGUUGACAUUUUCUCUCGUCAUGAUGAAACAUAUUCGAAAACAGUUCUUGAGUUUUGCAUAAGUGAAGGUAUCCAGGAAGUAUUCAAACAAUUUGUAUGGCAAAUCAACGAUCGUUCCAAAAUUUUUCAACAAGAAACCAAUCAUUUGUUUGAACUGGCAUUGGAGAAUGAUGCUCAUGAUAUAAUUGUUUAUUUUAUCGAAGAUUAUAACAUACCUUUACCUCACAUGGAUAAUAUGGUCGGCUUUAUUUCUGCUCUCAAAUAUACGAUACAAAAAAAUAAGUUUUCUUCAUUCAAAGCCAUCUUUCAUCAUCUCUGCAUCGAACAAAACAUACUGAUGAAUGAGGAAACUGAUAUUCCUGACGGCUAUUGUAUUGCAAGCAUGCCAUCAUUGGACGAGGAUCUUUCUCCUGAGGUAUGCUGUGUACUUUCUUGUAGUAACGUUCGGUUUCCAUUGCCUGAGUAUGAUGAAAAAGACAUCCUUUAUAAUGGAUAUGUGCUCGAAGCUCUUUUGGCUUAUUCAGUUCACGAGGGAAAUGUUCCCAUGCUCAGAUACAUUCAUCUCAAGACCAAAAUGGCCAUCACCAACAGACUCAUCGCAAUGAUCAUGAGAUUACUUCCGAAAGGUAAAGAUGUAUGUCAUAAGAAGUCGAUGCCUGCAUUUCUGUAUCUUCUCGACAAUUCCACCGAUCUGGACGGUGUGGACGAUGAGGGUCGAAAUUUGCUUCAUAUGACUGCUCAAAAUGGCUGUUUCUUCAUGAUGCAUUGUUUGAUUGUACGAGGAUUCCACCCAGCUACAGUAAACGCCGCAAAUAGCUGGAAUGUGUUUCACUAUGUUGCGUUUAAUGAGGAAGGGAAUCGUUCCAAUAAAAUCUUGGAAUAUUUGUUGAAAUAUUGCAACAUGACUUGGUUCGAUCUGUUAGAUAACAUGCUACAUUGGAAUGACCAUGAGAUAGCUGACAGCUUCUCCAUCAAUCUGAAUGUAACUCAAGAUACAACAAAUAUGGCUUGGCUAACCAAACAACAAUACGGUUUGCUGGCUUGGUUGUUUUUGCUUGACAAACGACAUACAGCUAAGGUGUUGAAUGACCUGGAACAUCAGGAAGCUCACCAGUGUAUGAACCAUAUAGUUAAAGGCAAUCAUAAGACUUUGUUGAUCAAAGAAGUUCGAGAUGACAUUCCUCAAUUCACACAUAGAAUAUUUGCUGAGUACUUUGCGGCUUGCUGGUUAAAUGAGAACAAGAAUCGUAUGAAGAACGAGAGCUUUUUCUUUUCGUGGUCAUAUUGGAAUAAUGAAUCAAGAAAAAUGCGUGACAUCUUCAAUCGAGUAAUUCUUAGAGAAAGCAAAGGAUGUGAUCUACACAUGGCUGUCAUAAAUCAAUCGCCAGAUCUAGUACGCGAGCUAUUGUCGAAUAAUCAAUCAGCUGCAAUGGCAAAAGAUACCGUAGGUCGAAUGCCGCUUCACUUGGCAGCUUCGUAUCCAUUAGCUGAAAUAGAAAAUGUGUUGCUCAAUAAGAUGUCCGUUCAGUCUAUUAACACAAAAGAUCAUCUGUUGGGAUGGAGUGCCACAGACUACGCAUUUGCCAGUCGAUACAGAAAAAAAAUUAAAAUGUUACUAUCGACUGGAGCAACAGUCAACGAACAAAUAUUGUUUGCACAGAUAAUUUCUAAUAAUAUGCGUCAUACUUUGACAGGCAUAGGAUUUUAUGUGGAAUAUCUUCAGUUUAAUGAAAGCUCCAGAACAAUUUCAAAUCGUCUUUCUAUAAGAGUUGCAGAUUAUAUACUUAACACACAGCGUGUUGACAUCUUCUCUAGUCUCGAGGUAUUGGAUUCGAAAACAGUUCUUGAGUUUUGCUUAGCUGAAGAUUUCCUAGAAAUAUUCAAACAAUUUGUAUUUCAAAUCAACGAUCGUUCCAGAAUUUUUCAACAAGAAACCAAUCAUUUGUUUGAAUUGGCAUUGGAGAAUGAUGUUCAUGAUAUAAUUGUUUAUUUGAUCGAAGAUCAUAACAUUCCUUUACCUCACAUGAAUAAUAUAGUCGGCUUUAUUUCUGCUCUCAAAUAUACGAUACAAAAAAAUAAGUUUUCUUCAUUCAAAGCCAUCUUUCAUCAUCUCUGCAUCGAACAAAACAUACUGAUGAAUGAGGAAACUGAUAUUCCUGACGGCUAUUGUAUUGCAAGCAUGCCAUCAUUGGACGAGGAUCUUUCUCCUGAGGUAUGCUGUGUACUUUCUUGUAGUAACGUUCGGUUACCAUUGCCUGAAUAUGAUGAAAAAGACAUCCUUUAUAAUGGAUAUGUGCUCGAAGCUCUUUUGGCUUAUUCAGUUCACGAGGGAAAUGUCCGCAUGCUCAGAUACAUUCAUCUCAAGACCAAAAUGGCCAUCACCAACAGACUCAUCGCAAUGAUCAUGAGAUUACUUCCGAAAGGUAAAGAUGUAUGUCAUAAGAAGUCGAUGCCUGCAUUUCUGUAUCUUCUCGACAAUUCCACCGAUCUGGACGGUGUGGACGAUGAGGGUCGAAAUUUGCUUCAUAUGACUGCUCAAAAUGGCUGUUUCUUCAUGAUGCAUUGUUUGAUUGUACGAGGAUUCCACCCAGCUACAGUAAACGCCGCAAAUAGCUGGAAUGUGUUUCACUAUGUUGCGUUUAAUGAGGAAGGGAAUCGUUCCAAUAAAAUCUUGGAAUAUUUGUUGAAAUAUUGCAACAUGACUUGGUUCGAUCUGUUAGAUAACAUGCUACAUUGGAAUGACCAUGAGAUAGCUGACAGCUUCUCCAUCAAUCUGAAUGUAACUCAAGAUACAACAAAUAUGGCUUGGCUAACCAAACAACAAUACGGUUUGCUGGCUUGGUUGUUUUUGCUUGACAAACGACAUACAGCUAAGGUGUUGAAUGACCUGGAACAUCAGGAAGCUUACCAGUGUAUGAACCAUAUAGUUAAAGGCAAUCAUAAGACUUUGUUGAUCAAAGAAGUUCGAGAUGACAUUCCUCAAUUCACACAUAGAAUAUUUGCUGAGUACUUUGCGGCUUGCUGGUUAAAUGAGAACAAGAAUCGUAUGAAGAACGAGAGCUUUUUCUUUUCGUGGUCAUAUUGGAAUAAUGAAUCAAGAAAAAUGCGUGACAUCUUCAAUCGAGUAAUUCUUAGAGAAAGCAAAGGAUGUGAUCUACACAUGGCUGUCAUAAAUCAAUCGCCAGAUCUAGUACGCGAGCUAUUGUCGAAUAAUCAAUCAGCUGCAAUGGCAAAAGAUACCGUAGGUCGAAUGCCGCUUCACUUGGCAGCUUCGUAUCCAUUAGCUGAAAUAGAAAAUGUGUUGCUCAAUAAGAUGUCCGUUCAGUCUAUUAACACAAAAGAUCAUCUGUUGGGAUGGAGUGUCACAGACUACGCAUUUGCCAGUCGAUACAGAAAAAAAAUUAAAAUGUUACUAUCGACUGGAGCAACAGUCAACGAACAAAUAUUGUUUGCACAGAUAAUUUCUAAUAAUAUGCGUCAUACUUUGACAGGCAUAGGAUUUUAUGUGGAAUAUCUUCAGUUUAAUGAAAGCUCCAGAACAAUUUCAAAUCGUCUUUCUAUAAGAGUUGCAGAUUAUAUACUUAACACACAGCGUGUUGACAUCUUCUCUAGUCUCGAGGUAUUGGAUUCGAAAACAGUUCUUGAGUUUUGCUUAGCUGAAGAUUUCCUAGAAAUAUUCAAACAAUUUGUAUUUCAAAUCAACGAUCGUUCCAGAAUUUUUCAACAAGAAACCAAUCAUUUGUUUGAAUUGGCAUUGGAGAAUGAUGUUCAUGAUAUAAUUGUUUAUUUGAUCGAAGAUCAUAACAUUCCUUUACCUCACAUGAAUAAUAUAGUCGGCUUUAUUUCUGCUCUCAAAUAUACGAUACAAAAAAAUAAGUUUUCUUCAUUCAAAGCCAUCUUUCAUCAUCUCUGCAUCGAACAAAACAUACUGAUGAAUGAGGAAACUGAUAUUCCUGACGGCUAUUGUAUUGCAAGCAUGCCAUCAUUGGACGAGGAUCUUUCUCCUGAGGUAUGCUGUGUACUUUCUUGUAGUAACGUUCGGUUACCAUUGCCUGAAUAUGAUGAAAAAGACAUCCUUUAUAAUGGAUAUGUGCUCGAAGCUCUUUUGGCUUAUUCAGUUCACGAGGGAAAUGUCCGCAUGCUCAGAUACAUUCAUCUCAAGACCAAAAUGGCCAUCACCAACAGACUCAUCGCAAUGAUCAUGAGAUUACUUCCGAAAGGUAAAGAUGUAUGUCAUAAGAAGUCGAUGCCUGCAUUUCUGUAUCUUCUCGACAAUUCCACCGAUCUGGACGGUGUGGACGAUGAGGGUCGAAAUUUGCUUCAUAUGACUGCUCAAAAUGGCUGUUUCUUCAUGAUGCAUUGUUUGAUUGUACGAGGAUUCCACCCAGCUACAGUAAACGCCGCAAAUAGCUGGAAUGCGUUUCACUAUGUUGCGUUUAAUGAGGAAGGGAAUCGUUCCAAUAAAAUCUUGGAAUAUUUGUUGAAAUAUUGCAACAUGAUUUGGUUCGAUCUGUUAGAUAACAUGCUACAUUGGAAUGACCGUGAGAUAGCUGACAGCUUCUCCAUCAAUCUGAAUGUAACUCAAGAUACAACAAAUAUGGCUUGGCUAACCAAACAACAAUACGGUUUGCUGGCUUGGUUGUUUUUGCUUGACAAACGACAUACAGCUAAGGUGUUGAAUGACCUGGAACAUCAGGAAGCUCACCAGUGUAUGAACCAUAUAGUUAAAGGCAAUCAUAAGACUUUGUUGAUCAAAGAAGUUCGAGAUGACAUUCCUCAAUUCACACAUAGAAUAUUUGCUGAGUACUUUGCGGCUUGCUGGUUAAAUGAGAACAAGAAUCGUAUGAAGAACGAGAGCUUUUUCUUUUCGUGGUCAUAUUGGAAUAAUGAAUCAAGAAAAAUGCGUGACAUCUUCAAUCGAGUAAUUCUUAGAGAAAGCAAAGGAUGUGAUCUACACAUGGCUGUCAUAAAUCAAUCGCCAGAUCUAGUACGCGAGCUAUUGUCGAAUAAUCAAUCAGCUGCAAUGGCAAAAGAUACCGUAGGUCGAAUGCCGCUUCACUUGGCAGCUUCGUAUCCAUUAGCUGAAAUAGAAAAUGUGUUGCUCAAUAAGAUGUCCGUUCAGUCUAUUAACACAAAAGAUCAUCUGUUGGGAUGGAGUGUCACAGACUACGCAUUUGCCAGUCGAUACAGAAAAAAAAUUAAAAUGUUACUAUCGACUGGAGCGACAGUCAACGAACAAAUAUUGUUUGCACAGAUAAUUUCUAAUAAUAUGCGUCAUACUUUGACAGGCAUAGGAUUUUAUGUGGAAUAUCUUCAGUUUAAUGAAAGCUCCAGAACAAUUUCAAAUCGUCUUUCUAUAAGAGUUGCAGAUUAUAUACUUAACACACAGCGUGUUGACAUCUUCUCUAGUCUCGAGGUAUUGGAUUCGAAAACAGUUCUUGAGUUUUGCUUAGCUGAAGAUUUCCUAGAAAUAUUCAAACAAUUUGUAUUUCAAAUCAACGAUCGUUCCAGAAUUUUUCAACAAGAAACCAAUCAUUUGUUUGAAUUGGCAUUGGAGAAUGAUGUUCAUGAUAUAAUUGUUUAUUUGAUCGAAGAUCAUAACAUUCCUUUACCUCACAUGAAUAAUAUAGUCGGCUUUAUUUCUGCUCUCAAAUAUACGAUACAAAAAAAUAAGUUUACUUCAUUCAAAGCAAUCUUUCAUCAUCUCUGCAUCGAGCAAAACAUACUGAUGAAUGAGGAAACUGAUAUUCCUGACGGCUAUUGUAUUGCAAGCAUGCCAUCAUUGGACGAGGAUCUUUCUCCUGAGGUAUGCUGUGUACUUUCUUGUAGUAACGUUCGGUUUCCAUUGCCUGAGUAUGAUGAAAAAGACAUCCUUUAUAAUGGAUAUGUGCUCGAAGCUCUUUUGGCUUAUUCAGUUCACGAGGGAAAUGUCCGCAUGCUCAGAUACAUUCAUCUCAAGACCAAAAUGGCCAUCACCAACAGACUCAUCGCAAUGAUCAUGAGAUUACUUCCGAAAGGUAAAGAUGUAUGUCAUAAGAAGUCGAUGCCUGCAUUUCUGUAUCUUCUCGACAAUUCCACCGAUCUGGACGGUGUGGACGAUGAGGGUCGAAAUUUGCUUCAUAUGACUGCUCAAAAUGGCUGUUUCUUCAUGAUGCAUUGUUUGAUUGUACGAGGAUUCCACCCAGCUACAGUAAACGCCGCAAAUAGCUGGAAUGCGUUUCACUAUGUUGCGUUUAAUGAGGAAGGGAAUCGUUCCAAUAAAAUCUUGGAAUAUUUGUUGAAAUAUUGCAACAUGAUUUGGUUCGAUCUGUUAGAUAACAUGCUACAUUGGAAUGACCGUGAGAUAGCUGACAGCUUCUCCAUCAAUCUGAAUGUAACUCAAGAUACAACAAAUAUGGCUUGGCUAACCAAACAACAAUACGGUUUGCUGGCUUGGUUGUUUUUGCUUGACAAACGACAUACAGCUAAGGUGUUGAAUGACCUGGAACAUCAGGAAGCUUACCAGUGUAUGAACCAUAUAGUUAAAGGCAAUCAUAAGACUUUGUUGAUCAAAGAAGUUCGAGAUGACAUUCCUCAAUUCACACAUAGAAUAUUUGCUGAGUACUUUGCGGCUUGCUGGUUAAAUGAGAACAAGAAUCGUAUGAAGAACGAGAGCUUUUUCUUUUCGUGGUCAUAUUGGAAUAAUGAAUCAAGAAAAAUGCUUGACAUCUUCAAUCGAGUAAUUCUUAGAGAAAGCAAAGGAUGUGAUCUACACAUGGCUGUUAUAAAUCAAUCGCCAGAUCUAGUACGCGAGCUAUUGUCGAAUAAUCAAUCAGCUGCAAUGGCAAAAGAUACCGUAGGUCGAAUGCCGCUUCACUUGGCAGCUUCGUAUCCAUUAGCUGAAAUAGAAAAUGUGUUGCUCAAUAAGAUGUCCGUUCAGUCUAUUAACACAAAAGAUCAUCUGUUGGGAUGGAGUGCCACAGACUACGCAUUUGCCAGUCGAUACAGAAAAAAAAUUAAAAUGUUACUAUCGACUGGAGCGACAGUCAACGAACAAAUAUUGUUUGCACAGAUAAUUUCUAAUAAUAUGCGUCGUAUCUUGACAAGCAUAGGAUUUUAUGUGGAAUAUCUUCAGUUUAAUGAAAGCUCCAGAACAAUUUCAAAUCGUCUUUCUAUAAGAGUUGCAGAUUAUAUACUUAACACACAGCGUGUUGACAUCUUCUCUAGUCUCGAGGUAUUGGAUUCGAAAACAGUUCUUGAGUUUUGCUUAGCUGAAGAUUUCCUAGAAAUAUUCAAACAAUUUGUAUUUCAAAUCAACGAUCGUUCCAGAAUUUUUCAACAAGAAACCAAUCAUUUGUUUGAAUUGGCAUUGGAGAAUGAUGCUCAUGAUAUAAUUGUUUAUUUGAUCGAAGAUCAUAACAUUCCUUUACCUCACAUGAAUAAUAUAGUCGGCUUUAUUUCUGCUCUCAAAUAUACGAUACAAAAAAAUAAGUUUACUUCAUUCAAAGCAAUCUUUCAUCAUCUCUGCAUCGAGCAAAACAUACUGAUGAAUGAGGAAACUGAUAUUCCUGACGGCUAUUGUAUUGCAAGCAUGCCAUCAUUGGACGAGGAUCUUUCUCCUGAGGUAUGCUGUGUACUUUCUUGUAGUAACGUUCGGUUUCCAUUGCCUGAGUAUGAUGAAAAAGACAUCCUUUAUAAUGGAUAUGUGCUCGAAGCUCUUUUGGCUUAUUCAGUUCACGAGGGAAAUGUCCGCAUGCUCAGAUACAUUCAUCUCAAGACCAAAAUGGCCAUCACCAACAGACUCAUCGCAAUGAUCAUGAGAUUACUUCCGAAAGGUAAAGAUGUAUGUCAUAAGAAGUCGAUGCCUGCAUUUCUGUAUCUUCUCGACAAUUCCACCGAUCUGGACGGUGUGGACGAUGAGGGUCGAAAUUUGCUUCAUAUGACUGCUCAAAAUGGCUGUUUCUUCAUGAUGCAUUGUUUGAUUGUACGAGGAUUCCACCCAGCUACAGUAAACGCCGCAAAUAGCUGAAAUGUGUUUCACUAUGUUGCGUUUAAUGAGGAAGGGAAUCGUUCCAAUAAAAUCUUGGAAUAUUUGUUGAAAUGUUGCAACAUGAUUUGGUUCGAUCUGUUAGAUAACAUGCUACAUUGGAAUGACCGUGAGAUAGCUGACAGCUUCUCCAUCAAUCUGAAUGUAACUCAAGAUACAACAAAUAUGGCUUGGCUAACCAAACAACAAUACGGUUUGCUGGCUUGGUUGUUUUUGCUUGACAAACGACAUACAGCUAAGGUGUUGAAUGACCUGGAACAUCAGGAAGCUUACCAGUGUAUGAACCAUAUAGUUAAAGGCAAUCAUAAGACUUUGUUGAUCAAAGAAGUUCGAGAUGACAUUCCUCAAUUCACACAUAGAAUAUUUGCUGAGUACUUUGCGGCUUGCUGGUUAAAUGAGAACAAGAAUCGUAUGAAGAACGAGAGCUUUUUCUUUUCGUGGUCAUAUUGGAAUAAUGAAUCAAGAAAAAUGCUUGACAUCUUCAAUCGAGUAAUUCUUAGAGAAAGCAAAGGAUGUGAUCUACACAUGGCUGUUAUAAAUCAAUCGCCAGAUCUAGUACGCGAGCUAUUGUCGAAUAAUCAAUCAGCUGCAAUGGCAAAAGAUACCGUAGGUCGAAUGCCGCUUCACUUGGCAGCUUCGUAUCCAUUAGCUGAAAUAGAAAAUGUGUUGCUCAAUAAGAUGUCCGUUCAGUCUAUUAACACAAAAGAUCAUCUGUUGGGAUGGAGUGCCACAGACUACGCAUUUGCCAGUCGAUACAGAAAAAAAAUUAAAAUGUUACUAUCGACUGGAGCAACAGUCAACGAACAAAUAUUGUUUGCACAGAUAAUUUCUAAUAAUAUGCGUCAUACUUUGACAGGCAUAGGAUUUUAUGUGGAAUAUCUUCAGUUUAAUGAAAGCUCCAGAACAAUUUCAAAUCGUCUUUCUAUAAGAGUUGCAGAUUAUAUACUUAACACACAGCGUGUUGACAUCUUCUCUAGUCUCGAGGUAUUGGAUUCGAAAACAGUUCUUGAGUUUUGCUUAGCUGAAGAUUUCCUAGAAAUAUUCAAACAAUUUGUAUUUCAAAUCAACGAUCGUUCCAGAAUUUUUCAACAAGAAACCAAUCAUUUGUUUGAAUUGGCAUUGGAGAAUGAUGCUCAUGAUAUAAUUGUUUAUUUGAUCGAAGAUCAUAACAUUCCUUUACCUCACAUGAAUAAUAUAGUCGGCUAUAUUUCUGCUCUCAAAUAUACGAUACAAAAAAAUAAGUUUACUUCAUUCAAAGCAAUCUUUCAUCAUCUCUGCAUCGAGCAAAACAUACUGAUGAAUGAGGAAACUGAUAUUCCUGACGGCUAUUGUAUUGCAAGCAUGCCAUCAUUGGACGAGGAUCUUUCUCCUGAGGUAUGCUGUGUACUUUCUUGUAGUAACGUUCGGUUUCCAUUGCCUGAGUAUGAUGAAAAAGACAUCCUUUAUAAUGGAUAUGUGCUCGAAGCUCUUUUGGCUUAUUCAGUUCACGAGGGAAAUGUCCGCAUGCUCAGAUACAUUCAUCUCAAGACCAAAAUGGCCAUCACCAACAGACUCAUCGCAAUGAUCAUGAGAUUACUUCCGAAAGGUAAAGAUGUAUGUCAUAAGAAGUCGAUGCCUGCAUUUCUGUAUCUUCUCGACAAUUCCACCGAUCUGGACGGUGUGGACGAUGAGGGUCGAAAUUUGCUUCAUAUGACUGCUCAAAAUGGCUGUUUCUUCAUGAUGCAUUGUUUGAUUGUACGAGGAUUCCACCCAGCUACAGUAAACGCCGCAAAUAGCUGAAAUGUGUUUCACUAUGUUGCGUUUAAUGAGGAAGGGAAUCGUUCCAAUAAAAUCUUGGAAUAUUUGUUGAAAUGUUGCAACAUGAUUUGGUUCGAUCUGUUAGAUAACAUGCUACAUUGGAAUGACCGUGAGAUAGCUGACAGCUUCUCCAUCAAUCUGAAUGUAACUCAAGAUACAACAAAUAUGGCUUGGCUAACCAAACAACAAUACGGUUUGCUGGCUUGGUUGUUUUUGCUUGACAAACGACAUACAGCUAAGGUGUUGAAUGACCUGGAACAUCAGGAAGCUUACCAGUGUAUGAACCAUAUAGUUAAAGGCAAUCAUAAGACUUUGUUGAUCAAAGAAGUUCGAGAUGACAUUCCUCAAUUCACACAUAGAAUAUUUGCUGAGUACUUUGCGGCUUGCUGGUUAAAUGAGAACAAGAAUCGUAUGAAGAACGAGAGCUUUUUCUUUUCGUGGUCAUAUUGGAAUAAUGAAUCAAGAAAAAUGCGUGACAUCUUCAAUCGAGUAAUUCUUAGAGAAAGCAAAGGAUGUGAUCUACACAUGGCUGUCAUAAAUCAAUCGCCAGAUCUAGUACGCGAGCUACUGUCGAAUAAUCAAUCAGCUGCAAUGGCAAAAGAUACCGUAGGUCGAAUGCCGCUUCACUUGGCAGCUUCGUAUCCAUUAGCUGAAAUAGAAAAUGUGUUGCUCAAUAAGAUGUCCGUUCAGUCUAUUAACACAAAAGAUCAUCUGUUGGGAUGGAGUGCCACAGACUACGCAUUUGCCAGUCGAUACAGAAAAAAAAAUUAAAAUGUUACUAUCGACUGGAGCGACAGUCAACGAACCAAUAUUGUUUGCACAGAUAAUUUCUAAUAAUAUGCGUCGUAUCUUGACAAGCAUAGGAUUUUAUGUGGAAUAUCUUCAGUUUAAUGAAAGCUCCAGAACAAUUUCAAAUCGUCUUUCUAUAAGAGUUGCAGAUUAUAUACUUAACACACAGCGUGUUGACAUCUUCUCUAGUCUCGAGGUAUUGGAUUCGAAAACAGUUCUUGAGUUUUGCUUAGCUGAAGAUUUCCUACUCCGGACUACCCGAUUCAGAUUCCGUGUUCGGAAUCAAUUCCAGAGCCGAUUCCGAUGCUGGAAUCGAAUCCGAUUCGGCAGUCGAUUUCGGAGUCGAUUCCUGAAUCGAUUCCGGAGUCGAUUCCGGAGCCAAUUCCGGAGACAAUUCCGGAGCCGAUUCCAGAGUUGACUCCGAAGCCGACUCCAGAGUUGACUCCGGAUCCGAUUCUCGAGUCAGCUCUGGAAUCGAUUCCGCGAUCAGACUCGGCUCCGGAAUCGGAAUUGACCUGGGAAUUGCAAUUUGUCCCGAUAAAGGAAUCAUAAUUGACUCCAUAAUUAGAAUUAGCUCUGGAAUGUGAAUUAGUUCUUGAAUUGAUAAAAAGAAGUUUUAGAAGCGAAAUCAGUCCUUGAAUCUCCAUAAGAAUGGAUGUUUUACGAGUAAAUUUUAAUUUUUUGGGUUAUCAAUACGUAGUAUGAUUUGACCCAGACGUCUAUUUUUAUGGCGAUGCCGAAACUGACUCCGUUUGGAAGUCGAUUCUAAUUUAGGAGUCAAUUCCGAUUUGAGAGCCGAUUUCAAUGUCGGAACCAAUUCCAAUUCCGAUUACGGAGUCGAUUCCGGAACCGAUUCCGGAGCUGAUUCCGGAAACAAUUCUUGAGUCGAUUCCGGAGUCGAUUUGGAUUCUGGAAUCGAUACCAGAAAACAGCGGAGCUAGCCGGAAUCGAUUCCGAAAAAACUUAAUUUUUCCCAUCACUAGUCAGGACUUGUGGUGGAAUACUGGAAUGCUGUUAGUGUUUGAGUUAAACAACAAUGUGUUACAUUUUUAAUUUAUAAUAAUUAUAGGCUGCUGUCAUACAAAACAAAACAUUCAUCAUAACGAAAACAAAAUGACAACCAAAAAAUAACGCUUGUUAGUGUAAACAACAAUAAAAAGGGUUGUUUACUACAAUUUUGAUGACAAGAAUUGAAAAUCGUAAAGACACGGGUACAUUUAUCGUACUCGCCUAGUGUAAUUUCGAUUUUCACUACCACAUCUGGCAGUUGCUAAUCGAAGCAUUUUGCCUUUAAAAUUCUAGGCAGCUUCAUAAAAUAUGUUAUUUUUCAAUACGUACGAUCACACAAGCCAUAUCUUUCUACGCGAUCCUUUCCCCUUCCAAAAUUGUCAAAAAAGAAGCCAAUAUUUUUGCGUUCACAUACCACGAAUCUUAGCAGCAUGCACUUAUCGUAAUUUAACACAAUAAUUGGUUAAAAACGGGUUCUUGUUGUAAGAAAUGCACAAUAUACAACCGUUAGAACAUUUCGAACUUGAAAGCAAUCCAAAAAUAAUGUUUAAACACGAAAAAAACCCUACAUUUCUCUCGGCCUGUCAAAACAUUGCAAGCAAAUAUUUUUGUUGUUCAUCCAGCGAUGGACAGUUUCGAUAGCUUGAAAAAGAAUCGCCACAGGCUGCUAGACUUCCCUUACCUCAGUGAAAAAGUGUGUUUGACAUCUAUUUUCUAGCAGAAUAUGCCGUGUCUGAACGCGGCUAAUGAAUUUAACUAAAAAGUUUUGUAAUUGGUAGAUAGGUAAAUUGGGCAUGCUUUUUUGCAUCCAACAACGAUGACAGAGUAACUUAAAUUUGCGAUCUGAUACGACCAUUUCAUUGAUGACAAAAAAGUAACUUCCAUCAGCUGUCUUCUUCUUCUUCUUCUUUGGCUCAACAACCGUUGUCGGUCAAGGCCUGCCUGUACCCACUUGUGGAGUUAGCUUUCAGUGACUUAUCGA